UCUGAACACAGUUCCUCUUUCAGCUGCAAACGUUUGAGUGCGGAAGAGUCCAGUGAAGUCCAGCUGAGAGAGAUACAGGAUUUGCUCGUGUGCUGGUCGUGUCAGGUGGACUGUAGGUCUGUAAAGAGCUCUGCAGAAGUCCCGAGGUGGUGUAGUUUUUGAGUAGCUGACAGAUCGGUCAGUAGAGGGGGUUGUAAGAGUGGUCAUAUCUGCAGUCGUGCUGUCUCUGUAUGUAGUGAGGAGGCUCUGUAACUCAGGAAGAAUGCAGGUUGGUUUGUAUCUGCUGCUUGUGCUCCACAUUGCUGAAGGCUGCAAACUGAAAGAUGGAAAGCCAGAAGAGAUUACUGCACACACAGGAGGGUCAGCACUGCUGCCCUGUUACUGCACUGACCCAUAAGCCACACCUGGGAGACUUACCUGGAAGAAACUUAGCACAGACAAAGACAUAUUGGAAGAGAUGUCCAGUGAAAGGAGUCAGUACAGAGACAGAGUUCAGCUGGUUAAUGGUCACUCUCCAGCAAAUCUCUCUCUACUCAUAUCACUCCUGACUGAAGAGGACAGAGGAUGGUACAGAUGUAAAUUUGAAGAUGGCAGCAUCAAAGAUAUCGAACUCACUGUUAAAGGCUGCUCUCCGACCAACCAUAUGACAACAUUAGAGAUCACAGCUCAUACAGGAGGGUCAGUACUGCUGCCCUGCUCCUGCGCUGAGCUACGUGCCAAACCCAAGACAUUCAGCUGGAAUAAAUACAUCAAUCCAAAUUGGGACAUGAUAACCUUUGAAAGUGAUCAGUACAGAGACAGAGUUCAGCUGUUUAAUGGUCACUCUCCAGGAAAUCUCUCUCUACUCAUAUCACACCUGACUGAGGGGGAUGGAGGAGAUUACAGGUGUCAUUUGGAAAGUGGAUACACAGACAUCAGCCUCACUGUUAAAGCAGCUCCAACACUGAGAACGUCAACUCUACCUUCUUCCACAAUGUCUUCUCAUGAAGCAGCUCCAACACUGAGAACGUCAACUCUACCUUCUUCCACAAUGUCUUCUCAUGAAGCAGCUCCAACACUGAAAACUUCAACUGAACCUUCUUCCACAAUGUCUUCUCAUGAAGAAGCUCCAGCAACAAAACUUACUCCAACACUUUCUAGGAACAUUCAAACUUCAGUCGAACCUACUGCCACAAUUUCUUCUCAGACCGGAAAUUCACCCCUGACCAAUGCUCGUGCUGAACCUCCACAGUCUCUGCCCUUUGUUCCCUUUGGCUUGGUGACUGUGAUCAUUCUCCACAUUAUAGUUGCUGUGGUUUAUCACACCAAGAGAAACAAAGUGCUAGAAACUGCCAGGAUUUACUACAACAGUGCUGAUGAAGCAGUGAGCCUGUAGCAGAGAAGGAAACCCACAGACAUCAACAGACCAGCUACUGGCAACACAUCUGAACUAGUGACCAGCUACAGGCCGGCAAUUGACAUCUACACUUGAUCAUCAGACUUGCAGCUGAUCUACAAAUUUUAGAUAGACCAUUUACAUUUUUACAUUUACAGCAUUUAGCAGAUGCUCUUAUCCAGAGCGACUUACAAGAAGUGCUUUGUCAAUCUAGAGAAAGUAUCUUUGACCAGUGAUUGACCAUAAUAUUUGGAAAAGUACACCAGCUUCACAGCUGCAAAUGUGGCAAGCAAACCAGCUACUGACCAACACACUUGAUUAAGAGAGCUGAACUUUUGGCAAAACCUACAUGUUUUUUCUUUAUAAAUAGUAAACCCACAAAAGACUUACACCUCUUUACAAUUUGUGUUUUUGUGUAAGAGUGGAAUAGUAUCAAAAUAUAUUUUUUACAAAUAUGUCAUUUUGCACAAUAAAAUGUGAGGCUAUACCAACUGAGAGAACCCCCAUUCUUUUAUUUAUUUAUUUUUUUAUUCGUUUAUUUUUAGCUUAUUUAGUCACGAAUUCACUGAUAACAGUUCCAUUAAAUGGGCACUAGGGGGUGAUUUGCUCAUGUUUUUUGAGAAGUCUUUGACCCUGUUAUACAAAUGAAUGUCUCUACUGAUUGUACAAUAAACCUGUGCUUGACUCCAAA